UUGAAAACCUUGUGGAGCAGUUCUACUGUGCACAUAUGGGGUCGCCAUGAGUUGGAAUCAACUCAGGAACAACUAACAACAGUACACACAUAGAUAGACACACACACACACAUAUAUUUUUAGUUUGCUGUACUUACUAUUAGCCUGAUAAAACAAGACACUGGAAAUACAAAUGAUACUUACGUGAUCUACUGUGAUGUUUAUUUGCCUAUAAAUCGUUAAAAUGUAGCUAAUGAUGACAUAGUACCUCAUUUAUAUUUUUAAUGGCAUUUAAUGUUUUUCUCUUGGUUUCAAUGUAAUGUUCAUGACAAAAUUGGAAAAUACAGAAAAGUUUAAAGAAGAAAUACCAUUAUUUAAAACCAUUACUUUAAAUCUUUACUUUGUCUCUUGCUGCCUCUGACUGUUUCUGAGUGUAUGUAUGCAUGCAUAGAAAACUCAUGUUAGAAGGUCUAAAAUAAAAUGCUGGUAAAUAUUUUACUGAUCUUGGAGUGAGUGAAGUCUUCAUAAUAAACUUGAAAUGAAAAGAAACCAUAUAAAAACACAAACAUUUUACUCAGUUUAAAAAAAGAAAAAGAUGCAAAGUACUCACUAUAUCAGUCUGUUUCAGUUCCCUUAUUUCUUUGUUAGCAUUUAGGACUGGAUUAUGCUUGUACUUUCGGUGUAUAGUUUUGUUUUAGAAAAGCAUAUUCUUGAGUUUUUGACAGGAAAAAAUGCUUGUAUUCAGGACUGUAUAAGUUUUUUUUUUUCCCCGUCAGUCAUUGUACUGGUAGUUCUUAUUACAGAAUAGAAGAAGCAUUGACCAUCUAUAAGUAAAAGCUCCAUUUUAGCUUUUACUUUCAUCCAGUUCUGUCUAAAACAACCCAAUCUCUUAUGAAGUCAAAUAACUUGAUAUUUCACCAGUAGUGAGUGAGGAAAUAAAGCAAAAAAAAAAAAAACGAAACGAAGAGGAGUUCCACAAUGGACGUUAAUAAUUACGAAUUGCAUAUUUGACCCUUGACUAACUGAACAUUGGCUACAUUCACAGAGCCAUAAAAGCAUGUGUGCAGAAUAUGAGGUUAGUAACUUUCAGCAGUUGACAUUAAAGAUCAGUGAGUGAGUACUGUUGGGUUGUACUCUCAUUGGGGAAUCUCUUAAUCUUGUCUUACCUAUUGCUGGAAUGUGAGGAGCCAGUGUGAAAAUGUGUAAAAGUACUGUGGAAGCAGUAGAACAGUUUUCAGAUACAAGUAAUGAUUUCUUUUGUAGAUUCUGUGUUUUUAGAAAGCUGUGGCUCAAAAUUGCUUUAAAGAAAAAUCUUUAAAUUGUGAGCAAUUUAUUUUCUUUACUCUUUGGUCAUUUCCUUCCUUUCUUUUUUGUUUAACAUUAGAGUUUAUUGGUAUUUUCAUUUGUACUGCUAAACUACCCAGUGCUUUAGUGGUUACUGUUAUAUUUAAGCAGUAUGGUCUUAAAUCAUUACCAAUCUUUAUUAGGGCAGAGAAGCUUACUCUUCUGGUCACCCAAUUUUAAGAACGACAGUUUUGUCCUAAGCAAAGAGAAAGUUAAACAUAUUGAGUAAACCUAGAACACAUUCAGAGAGCUUUCUGGUGACUGUUAGGUUGUUUUCAAAAUUAUAGAUAAUUUUCAAUGUUAGUAAUAAAAUGUCAAAAACCUCCAAAAAUUGUUCUUUUACUUUUUUCCUCCCUUAUUACAUUUUACUGUCUGUAUAUAUAUAUAUAUAUAUUAGAUGCAGGCAAAAACUUGGAGACUGAAGGUAGUCGUUGGUGGUGAUUAACAGAAAUAUUAAUAAUCAUUAAAAAUUUUUGCAAGUCCAGAGGUUUUUAUAUAUAUAUAUCACUGCCAAGCUGGUUUAAAAUAGUAUUCAGAAAAAAAUUUCAGUGUUAUCAGAGUUUUCUUGGUUGCCUUCUUAAGUAUUAUAAUUACAUGAAACAAAACAUAAGUAGAAAAACAUACAUCAGCCAAAGACUUUCAGUGUUUAACGUAAGGUCCUAGUAGUGAUUACCCUGUCUUUUUUUUAAAAAACUGAGUGCAAAGAGAUAAUUUAAAACAUUUUCAAGUCAGGAACUUCAGUUUAGAAUUGAUGAAAGUUCAAAAGUCACUUGUUCGUCUACUCGUAUUAGUCUAAAUGGUAUGAAACUACUUGUUUUCCUGUCAUUUUGUUUGCAGAACAGAUCCUCGACCUUUGUCUGGAUUUUGUGUCUUUUUUAAAAACUGAUGAGAGAGCCCCCUCUGGUGUCUGAAAUACCCUAUCUUAAAACAAUUAUGUCAAUCACAGGAAGUUUUGGGAAUUAAACUAGCUGUUUCUUCCUUUCACAUCUGAGCUUUUUUCUUUUUGUUUGUUUUCCUUUUUUAAAAGGUCACUGGAAUUGUGGGUGGGACAUGGAAUGAGGGUAAUAGAAAACAUGGGAAAGGAAGAACCAAAAUGCCAUUUUUACCUUUUUAGAAAUAGCUGUUUCUAAAUGACCUGGAAUAAAGCCAAACUAUACAGUGUUUUUUUAUUUUGUUUUUAGUUUUAGUUUACAUUUGUUUCUGAAUUAAGUGCAGCUAAAAAAUACUUUGUUUUGGAAUUUUUUAUGCCCUCAGGUUUCAUCUUGAGAGAGUUCUUUGAAUUUUCCUAUAGUAGCACUUUCACUGGAAAAUGCCUUUAAAAUAGAGCCUGAUUGUCUUCUUGGAAGUGAUCUGUUAAUUUUUGUUGUUACAGUUGCCAUAUCCUUCUGUGGAUAUAUUUAUAACUGUAUCAUGUGUACUAAUGCUAAAUUAUCAUUUUACCUAGUUCCCAUUGUUUUUCAACAACAACAAAAAGAUUUCUUAAAUUAUUGGCUCUCUGCCGUCUCUCUAUAAAUGUACAGCACUCAAACACAGGCCUUCAACUAAGAAUCUUGUGAAGGGUUAUAGAAACAGGACCUUUCUCAUUUGACUCAUGGGCCUUUGUAGCUUGAACAAGGAAAGUAGUGUUCUGAAAACUACAGCAUUUAUGAAGGCUCUAGUAAAAAUAUUUCAUGUACAUGGACUGGAGAUUAACUCCUUUCAUCGUGUUCUCCCAAAUUAAACAAUGCAAACAGAUUUCAAGUGCAUUCUCUGUAAUGAAAUGCUUGGGUGAAUUAUAAUUCUAAUUGCUAUUGUUCAUUCCCACAGCUGCAUUUUGACACUUUCAGCUGCUUAAGCCACACAUUCUUCAGCCACUAGAAUAAACAAAAGCAUUCUGAAAUCCAUCAUUUUGUGGCAUCUUAAAUUGCAAAUCUGUCAUUGGCCGCCUUGAUUUUAUUUUGGUUCCGUUGUUGACAAAGUUAGGAAAAAAAUGUUACUUUUUCCCCCUAUAUUUAUACACAAAUUAUUGUCAAUAGAAUCUUUACUGGAUUUUAUGAAAAUUCAUUCAUUUAUUGUUUUACAGUUUGAAGGAGGCAGUGGAGACUUUGGGUGUAUUUUAGUCCCAGGGAAAUAAUUUAUAUUUAUUAAACUAGUUGAUAUUUUUAGGAGGCAGCUUUCUCCAAUAUUUGAAAUACCGUAAUAAGAUUUCACUUUUCUUUAGUAGAACAGUGUUCUGAGUAUAAAUCUAGAAGGCAGAUCUAUUCAGAAAUUUGGCAAGUCACAUCUGUGUACACAAUGGUUCUUUUAAAACUUAAACCCAAAUUGUUAUUAGUGUCUUCCUUAAAGGUAAAGAAAUCGAAGCAUUUGUAAUACAUUUGGAAUUUAUAUCUCUUUAUAUUUUAGAAAGAAAUUUGAGUGCCAGUUUCAACCAAACCUUCUUAUUAAAAAAAAUACAUAUUUUUUUGAUAGCCAAAAAACCAUUUGACAAAAGUAGAAGGUGUAUGUAAGUAGUAGUUACCAAAUUCUAAUUUUUCACUAUUUCUAAUGCAUAAGCGGAAGAUCUGAAUUAGCAUAUUCACAGACAUGUGUUAUAACAAUUGUUCAAUAAUAAUUAGAGCUUUAGAUAUCAAAUAAAUGCUACUAUAAUGUCACAUUUUCCCUAUAUUUCUUUAUUCUUUCUCAGAAUGACUUUGAAUUCUUAAAUUCAUAUAAGCAUGAGGAAUUGUUUUAACAAGCAAACUCUUUGCCAUUUUUUUUUUAACAACCAAACUCUGCCAUUUCAUGUCUUAAUUUUAAGGUAUUCUUUCAAAGUUAAUGAUUUCUUAUAAAAUAUUGUUUAAUCUUUUUAAAUUCUAAUAGGUGAUUAUUAAUCUUUAAUAAUAAUAAUAGCUAACACUUAAUGAGCACUUUCUAUAUGUCAGGCACUGUGCUAAUAGGUACCAUUUGAUAUGCUAUAAAAACAUUUUAAGGUAGAUAAUCUUAUUUAUUCCCGUUUUAUGUUUGAAGAAACUGAGAUUAAGAAAUUAAAAUAAUUUUGCCAGAAGUCACAGAGUAAGUGAUUGGAGUCAGGUCUUUCUGACUCCUGGAGCCCAUGUUCAUUACCACUGUUGGAAUCUUAAGGGAAUGUUAAAUACACAAUGAUACUGUCUCUUGGUGGAAUAUUAUAUAGCCAAUAAAGUGAGGGUUACUGUGGCUAUGUAAUGACUUGGGAAAAUGCAUGUGAUACAAUCAGUGGGAAAAAAAAAAGACUGGGAGAUUACACUUAAAUGUUCAUCUUUAGAGAAUUUUAUCUUUGAUUUGUCAUUGCUUUCUUUUUAAUGUGAUAAUAAUGUUUGGCUGUUAUCCAAAUUUUGCUGAUUAAUGUAUAGAAUUUCUGUAAGCCUGCAUGUAAACCAGGUCUGGUCAGGAAACUGACAACUUAGUUUUAUAAUAGACUCUACCAGUUCACUUUCCUUUUCAAUUUGACCCAAAGCCAUUUUUUUUACUGGACCUUUGCCAGCUCUAAUGUAAUCUCUCAUCUGUAUUCUUGAAGGCUAAUGGAAUAGUAAAAUCUUCUGAAAGAUAACUUAAAUGUGUUACAUAGUAUCCUCAGGGUAGCUUUUGCACAAAAGAUGUUUUCUUUCCCACCCUGUAAAGGUUUCUCAUUAGGACACCCAGUAGUUUCAUUAUUAAGUUUUCAUGUGUUUCUCAGUUUUGAUGCUAAUCUUUAUGUGUAUGUACGUGCAUUUUUUUCUCUGCAGCACCAAUGUGGUUAUGAAUUAUUCAGAGAUUGAGUCUAAGGUUCGAGAAGCAACGAAUGAUGAUCCUUGGGGACCUUCUGGGCAACUCAUGGGAGAGAUUGCCAAGGCUACAUUUAUGUAUGAACAGUUUCCGGAGCUUAUGAACAUGCUUUGGUCACGAAUGUUAAAAGACAACAAAAAGAAUUGGAGAAGAGUUUAUAAGUCGCUACUGCUCCUAGCUUACCUCAUAAGGAAUGGAUCAGAGCGUGUUGUUACAAGUGCCAGAGAACACAUUUAUGAUUUGCGAUCCCUGGAAAAUUACCACUUUGUAGAUGAGCAUGGCAAGGAUCAGGGUAUAAAUAUUCGCCAGAAGGUAAAAGAAUUGGUUGAAUUUGCCCAGGAUGAUGACAGACUUCGUGAAGAGCGAAAAAAAGCAAAGAAGAACAAAGACAAGUAUGUUGGGGUUUCCUCAGACAGUGUUGGAGGAUUCAGAUACAGUGAAAGAUAUGAUCCUGAGCCCAAAUCAAAAUGGGAUGAGGAGUGGGAUAAAAACAAGAGUGCUUUUCCAUUCAGUGAUAAAUUAGGUGAACUGAGUGAUAAAAUUGGAAGCACAAUUGAUGACACCAUCAGCAAGUUCCGGAGGAAAGAUAGAGAAGACUCUCCAGAAAGGUGCAGCGACAGUGAUGAGGAAAAGAAAGCAAGAAGAGGCAGAUCUCCCAAAGGUGAAUUCAAAGAUGAAGAGGAGACUGUGACAACAAAGCAUAUCCAUAUCACACAGGCCACAGAGACCACCACAACGAGACACAAGCGCACAGCAAAUCCUUCCAAAACCAUUGAUCUGGGAGCAGCAGCACAUUACACAGGGGACAAAGCAAGUCCAGAUCAGAAUGCUUCAACCCAUACACCGCAGUCUUCAGUUAAGACUUCAGUGCCUAGCGGCAAGUCAUCUGGUGACCUUGUUGAUCUGUUUGAUGGUGCCAGCCAAUCAACAGGAGGAUCAGCUGAUUUAUUCGGAGGAUUUGCUGACUUUGGCUCAGCUGCUGCAUCCGGCAGUUUGCCUGCCCAAGGAACAGCAGCAAGUGGGAAUGGAGACUUUGGUGACUGGAGUGCCUUUAACCAAGCCCCAUCAGGCCCUGCUGCUUCCAGUGGUGAGCUCUUCAGCAGUGCCUCCCAGCCAGCUGUAGAACUCUUCAGUGGCUCACAGCCAGCUUUAGGCCCCCCUUCCGCUGCCUCAAAUUCUUCAGACCUGUUUGAUCUUAUGGGCUCGUCCCAGGCAACCAUGACGUCUUCCCAGAGUAUGAAUUUCUCUAUGAUGAGCACUAAUACUGUAGGGCUUGGUUUGCCCAUGUCAAGAUCACAGCCUUUGCAAAAUGUUAGCACAGUGCUGCAGAAGCCUAAUCCUCUCUAUAAUCAGAAUACAGAUAUGGUCCAGAAAUCAGUCAGCAAAACCCUGCCCUCCACGUGGUCUGACCCCAGUGUAAACAUCAGCCUAGACAACUUACUACCUGGUAUGCAGCCUUCCAAACCCCAGCAGCCAUCGCUCAAUACAAUGAUUCAACAACAGAAUAUGCAACAGCCUAUGAAUGUGAUGACCCAAAGUUUUGGAGCUGUGAACCUCAGUUCUCAAUCGAACAUGCUUCCUGUCCGGCCCCAAACUAACCCUUUGAUGGGGGGACCCAUGCCUGUGAGCAUGCCCAAUGUGAUGACUGGCACCAUGGGAAUGGCCCCUCUUGGAAAUACUCCAGUGAUGAACCAGAGCAUGAUGGGCAUGAACAUGAACAUAGGGAUGUCAUCUCCUGGGAUGGGCCUGUCCGGCACGAUGGGAAUGGGCAUGCCCAACAUAGCCAUGACUUCUGGAACUGUGCAACCCAAGCAGGAUGCCUUUGCAAAUUUCACCAACUUUAACAAAUAAGAGAUUGUAAAGAAGCAGAUUGAAUGAAGAAUUUUUAGCUGUGCAGAUAGGUGAUGUUUGGAUGAAAAAUGCAAAUCAACUCCCCUUUCUUUUAUCAAUUAAUUAAACCUAUAUAAAGAACCAAAAAAACUGUUUUAUAAAUGUGAAGUAUCUAGUAUUUCAGAUGGACCGUCCAGGGCACUUCAGGUGAGGCAGGCAGAAUCUUUUUUCCCCCGUGAGAAUAGACCACAGGUGGUGUAGUGAGACCACGGAAAGCCUUUACAAAUUGAAGAGCCUGUUUUAACAGCAUAAUUUGUGGGAAGAUUGGAAUAGGACUGAAUAAAUGUGUUUGAAUCUCUAAUUUUGUACUUUUCUUUUCCUGAGGAACUUGAUUUUUCUGUCCCUGAAUCCCCUGUCAUAAUUGGAUCUGUUCCUUUUAUUACCACUCUUGAGUCCGUAUAUGAAAUCAUUAAAGUUGGAUGAUCAGUUUUUUAUAAAAAUAUAUAUUUUUGUCCAAAAAAGGCAUACAUAUGUGAUUAUGGCUAAAUCAAAGGUAACUGGAAUGUAUAUACUUUUGCUAAUGUUCCAGCAACACUGCUAUUAUACUACCCAAAUUUUUAUUGUAAUAAAAUCUUCUUUAAGCAAUUGGUGAUAGCUAUGGGACUUUCCCCACAUCUUCUGCUAUAAUUAUCCUCUGCAGAACUAGGAAGAAUAUUUUCUUCAGGACUGCUGUAUGGUUUCCUUUAAAAAAAAAAAAAAAAAAACAAAAAACCUCCAGUAUUUUUGUUUGUGUUUAGCAGUCAUUAUUUACAAUUUGUAGUGGUUAACUUGGCAAGGCUUCCUUCCAUGUUUAUCCAUGUAGCCAUCGUUAAACAGUCAGCAACAGUCACAGAAGAAAAAUAUUUAUUUUUAUUUUUCAAGUAUCUUUUCAAAAAAAAAUUGAAAAGAGCAAAAUCCAUUAAAAACUUAAGUUAAAUAUAAAUGUUAGAACUCAACAACAUUGGUUUUUAAAUUUUAUACAGUAUUUUGUUUUGGUUUUGAGUGUAUAUACUAUGGCAUUAGCAAGCUAUGGUUCCAAUAGAGAGGAGUUAAAUAUGUAUUACUAAAGGAGACCUGUAGCAGUCAAAGAUUUUAUUGAUUUAAUUAAAAAUAAAGGAAAUUAAUUUUUUUUUCCUGCUGUAAUUCUGCAUUAUGCUCAUAUGAAAAUCAUGAUUCUAGAGUUUGGAAUGCAAAAUUAAUUGUUUCACCCUUAAGCUGGGAAUAUUUUUUAAAAUAAACACUAUAAUAUAGGUAUCAAAUUAUUACUUCCCUGCUUUAUGUUGAAAAUUUUUUUAUUAAAUUGAUAAAACUUUGUUUUCAUGUAUUCAUAAUGUUCUGUUAUUCAUAACAUUAAAAUGUUCAUUAAAAUCAAUGUUGAACUGCUUUUUCUUUCAUUCUGUUAGAUGUUUGAGACCGUUUGGGGAAAAAAUAAUUAUAAUUUGGGCAAAGUAAUUUCUAUAAAUAAUUUAAAAUAAUUUAAUGACUUCUCUAUUCUUUCCUAUCCCACUCUACUGUUAGAAAUUAAAAAUGAAGCAGUAAAGACACCCUGACCUGCUCCGUUCUUGCUAAUUUUCCAUCUACAACAUUUCUAAUUAGGCAGAAAUUCAUGUACUUCAGCUAAGUGGUAAUGAAAAGUGAUUCAUUUGCUGAAUAAGAGAUGAGAGAGUGUAAUUAGCUGACUACGGUUUUUAAUCUUCCAACAAUUCAGUGUGUUUAAAUUAGUCUCAAAGAAUAGGAGCUUUCGGGUGUUGUUACUUCACAGCAAUCAGGCCAAGCUCUGGUGGCAGCAGAGAACAUCUUCACUGGUAUUUGAAACCCAUAAUUUCAAAUGAGUUUUGUUUUUGUUUUUUUCUUUAAAUUGGAAGGUAUAUCUUCACCUUUUCAACUCUAUAUGGUUGUUAGAGGGGGUGAAUAUUUUUUGUUUCUGAACCUU